AUGUCUGUAACUCUUCAUACAACCCAUGGGGACCUCAAGGUGGAAUUGUUCUGUGAGUCCGUACCAGAAACAGCAGAGAACUUCCUCGCCCUCUGCGCAUGCGGCGCGUACGACAACACUCCCUUCCACCGCUUCAUGCCCAACUUUAUGAUUCAAGGCGGUGAUAUAUCCCUCGGAGCUGCGGCGCAGGAAUCUGCGAAGCCAAAAUUACCCUUUGACAUUCCCAAAGGCGGUACUUCGAUCUUCUAUCCGUUAGCGUUGAACCAAGAAAUCCACCUCCCUACCCUGCGGCAUAAUUCACGGGGGAUUCUCUCCAUGGCUGCUCGACCGGUCAAAGACCGCAAUGCCCCGGGGUCACAAGACUCCCGAGGCCCGUCCGUGAACGGCAGUCAGUUCUUCAUCACAUUUGCUGCAGCACCGCAUUUGGACGGGGCAAGCACUGUGUUCGGCAAGGUGUUGAACCUGAGCCCGCAAGACGAGGGCGGGGAUGUCUUGACAAAGCUUGAGAAUGCGAAAAUUAAAGUUGACAAGAAGGGAAGAGUGACACAGCCUAAGGCAGGAGAAGAAGGCGAGCAUUUUGAAGCUGUGCGCAUCAACAACGUGACGAUCCACGCCAAUCCUUUCGCCAAGUGA